AUGUAUAGGUACCGACUCUCCAAUCGGCGGGCCAACAAGCCUAACCCGUGCAUUCGUCUGUAUUCCGCCUUCUCAAGCGCCCAAAACCGACAGACCAAGACACCACCCCCAUCCCCAUCUCCCUCAAACACAACACCGCCACCAGCAGACCUCCCAGUCCCAACAACCUUCACCGCGGGCUCCGACCUCCGCUGGGGUCUCCGCGUUGUCGCUGCCUACGGCGACCGCCUCGUGCUGUACUCCAUUCCCUUGGACGUAUUCAACGUGAUCCGCAAAGAGCGUGAGCGCCAAUGCGACGGGGUAAUGGGUACCAGCGAUCUCGCGCUCGACUGGUACGUUGACUUGGAGCGGUCCCGCAAGCGUGGUGAGAGUCUGGUGCAGAACCAGAAUGGGGAUUGGGAGUUCCUUUUGUCUGUCUCCUAUCGGCCCACAGCUAUGAUGUGGCCGUUUAAGAUGUAUGGCAAGGAGAUUGGCUCUGUUAAGGGGACUGUGGAGCUUGCUUUGCAGUCUUCCGAGGGUGGUGUUAGGGUUUGGGCUUUUGGGGAUGAUGGCAAAGGCACGGUUUUGGAUAUUGAUACUGGUGAUGUUCCUACUCGGUCUCUUGGUGUUGGUUCUGAUGGUGGAGUGAAGGAUCUUGGUAUCGUUCAGAGGACUGGUUUGGGUGGAUUGCAGGGCUCGAGGAAGCGGAAGUUCGAGGAGGUGAAGUCUGGGUUCGCGGGUCGAUAUGGUGCUGGUCGCUAUUCGGAAGAUGUCAAGCCUUGUGCUGCUGGUGUUCAUGGGAUACAUCAGGAUCCGUCUGUUCGGCGUUCGUCUUUUGCAGCUUGCAUUAUAGAUUUUAAGAUUCCCUUGUAUUAA